AUGGAGAAACUACAUACAUAUGAUUUCUGUGGCGGUGAUGGUUAUGAUGCUGUCGUUGUUGGCUCCGGAUAUGGAGGUUCCGUUGCUGCUUGUAGGCUGUCCAUGGCAGGCUUUAAGGUGUGUUUGUUCGAGAAAGGGCGUAAAUGGGAAGCUAAGGAUUUUCCAUCAGACAGUUUCAAGAUUUUGUCCACUCUUAGGCUGGAAAACAAGAACAUGGGAAUCAACAUCGGCCCUAAAGAUGCGCUGUUUCAGGUACAUAUACAAGACGAUUCUCUUGCAGCGACGGCCUGUGGCUUAGGUGGAGGCUCACUUGUGAAUGCAGGAAUUAUACUACCUACAACAGUUCGCGCACGACGUGAUCCUAGAUGGCCCGAGCCCUGGGAAAAGUACGAGGCCUUAGUAUCGGAGAUGCUAAAUGUACAGAGUGUUCCAACGGUGUUCCAGAAUUCCAACAUCAUGCAACAAGUGGUCGACAAUGAGUACGAUAAGAGCAUCCACGAGCAAAUAAAACUGAGCAUAAACUUCGACGUGGAGGAUUCUAGAAAGUUCCAGCAACCAGCAGGAUGCAUAAAAAGAACAGAAAGUGAGGUUCAUUAUGUGGUGAGAAACGACGAUAAUAUCUAUAGAGAUAAAGGAGGCUUCGAAGCUAGAAGCAAACGACGAUGGCUUGUAUUUCUCAACGAAUUUGACUAUGUGGCGUCUGACAUAGUUAUACUUUCAGCUUGGUACAGCAAAAAUACGUUUCCAGUCGCGUUUGAGAGGAUUGUCAACGUCAGAGAAGCUUGGCUCGGGAUUGAGCUGCAAUGGGAGCAAUGUGGCCUACUUGGCUGGAAGCUCAGCCCCUUUAAACACGUAUGGACUAAACGAAACACAGUUUUGUGGUCUACCGUUUCAAGAGAGACCAGGACCGUCCAUUUCUUCAUCGUUGGGGUUCACCAUUCAGAGCGCUGUGAUUCCCGCUGCAUAUUCAAAGGAAUCACAACUUACAAAUGGCAAUCGAGCAACUGUUUCUUACACGUCGUGAUAGAUGUUUUAAAGCGAGCCGUAGGCUUGAAGCGCGACCAAGAUAUGUGGACAGCUCACUUUCGAUAA